AUGUAUCGCGAAUUGAGGAUUUCCAGCGAUGUUCCAGCUCCCAAGCUGACUAAAGCCCUCAAGACAGGUAAGCUAAGUCUUACAGCUGAUCAACUCAAGGGUUCAGGCUCUGUUAUCCAUCUCCACCCAGCUUCGUAUGAGAAAGCACUAAAGGCACGCAAGGCGGGGUUAUCGACAGCAUUCAAAUUCGUAAAAGAUAGUGAUUUGCUGAGCAAGGGUCUGGAUGCGGCAGUACCUGCUAUUGCUACAGCGUUUGGAGCCCCUCAAGCAGGAAUCCCCGCAAGGGCGGCUAUUAAGUCAUUGACAGGAGUUGGAGUAUAUGACUCUGACAGCGAUACCCCUGGUAGAAAAGAAGGUGGUCGUAUUUCGGUAGCGGAUAAGUUUCUACUAUCAAAAGCAACCAAGCCAGAGCAUGAGAACCUGAUCAAAUCGAAACCAGCUAAAGGUUCGCCCGAAAUGAAGGCUCAGAUGGCUGCACUCCGUGCUAAACGUAAGAAAGCAAUGAUUGCUGGCUCUUUUCGAUUAAAUUAG